GUGAAAGGUCAGGACAAAGAUGGCGGACAUCACGAGAUUUUUUGUCUUCCUGUUGUGUUCUUGUCUUGCCAGUCGUGCUGGGAGCGCCCCAGGGAACAGAAAUGUCCUUGUCAUUAUAGGUGAUGAUGCAGGGUUUGAGACGCAGGUGUACAACAACACGGUGUGUAAGACCCCUCACCUGAACAGCCUGGGCAGCCGCAGUCUGACCUUCAGACAAGCCUUCACCUCAGUCAGCAGCUGUUCUCCCAGCCGCUCAGCCAUCCUCACAGGUCUUCCCCAGCAUCAGAAUGGCAUGUAUGGUUUGCACCAGGGCUACCAUCACUUCAACUCUUUUGACAACGUCAGAAGCUUACCUCUCCUGCUCAACCAAUCAGGAAUUAGAACAGGAAUUAUAGGUAAGAAGCAUGUUGGCCCUGAGUCGGUGUACCCUUUUGAGUUUGCUGAGACUGAGGAGAACAACCACAUCAUGCAGGUGGGCAGAAACAUCACCCUCAUCAAACACCUGGUCAGGGAGUUCCUGCAGCAGAAGGAUGACAGACCUUUCUUCCUGUACAUUGGCUUCCACGACCCCCAUCGCUGUGGUCACACCAACCCACAGUUUGGGAACUUCUGUGAGAAGUUUGGUAAUGGAGAGCCGGGCAUGGGGCUCAUUCCUGACUGGACACCCGUGCACUACUCUCCAGAGGAAGUCAUAGUUCCACCAUUUGUACAGGACACUCCAGCGGCAAGAAGUGACCUGGCAGCUCAGUAUACAACCAUCAGUAGGAUGGACCAAGGCAUAGGCCUGAUCCUACAGGAACUCCAGGCUGCAGGCCACGACAAGGACACCCUGAUUCUGUACAGCUCUGACAACGGUAUCCCCUUCCCCAACGGGCGCACCAACCUCUACACCUCCGGCAUGGCUGAACCCCUUCUCCUGUCCUCCCCCCUCCACACCUCCCGCUGGGGCCAGACCACCGACAGCUUCGCCAGCCUGCUGGACGUGGUGCCCACGGUACUGGACUGGUACGGGCUGGAUUAUCCCGAGUACGAGAUAUUCGGUAAGAACAAGGUGGUGAAGCUGACGGGGAAGUCUCUCCUGCCGGCGCUGAAGGAAGAACAGUCGUGGAACACGGUCUACGCCAGCCAUGAUCUUCACGAGGUCACCAUGUUCUACCCCAUGAGGGUUAUAAGGACGGGAGACUACCACCUCAUCCACAACCUCAACUACGCCAUGCCGUUCCCCAUCGACCAAGACUUUUUCCUCUCCCCAAGUUUCCAAGACCUUUUAAACAGGACUCGUGAGGGGCAGCCCCUGCACUGGUUCAAAACACUCAAGAACUACUACUACCGCCCGCAGUGGGAGCUGUACAACCUGAGGACUGACCCGCAGGAGACUGUGAACCUGGCGGGAAACAGUGAUUACCGUGACGUGCUGCAGGAGCUACGCAGCCAGCUGCAGGCAUGGCAGAGGAUAACCUACGACCCCUGGGUCUGUGCUCCCUGGGGAGUGUUGGAGGAUGAAGGUCCGUACAAGGACAACCCUGUCUGUAUGAGUAUGGACAAUGGAACAUGAGGGAGUUGUCACAUCGUGGGGUUAUCGAAAUUAUGAUUCGUUUCUAUGCAGUGCAGUAUUUUAUAAGGGUUUCUAUUUAACUUUAGUUUUGCUAUCUAUCCAGGG